CAGAUCCCCUGCCGGUCUCCUAGCAGCCACCGGUGCGGGGAGGGAGCCGGCCGCGAGGGGCCGUGGCGCCUGCCCCGGUGCUCAGCAGAGUAUUCCAGAGACCAUCUGUGACUGUUUUCAAGAUAGUGCCGCUUAAUGAGGUUAUGGGAAAGAAGGAGCCAUGUCAGAAGAAGCUGUUACUGAGGCACGAUUUUCUCUAAAGACGGUAGCUUUACGGGUAUUUCAUCUUCCCCUUUCUUGGUAUUAUUCUCUUAACCAGAUAAAGCUUUCCCCUGGGUUAAAGAAGCUUUUCACGGUAACAGCAGUGAGUGCAAUAUCUGUUAUUUUUCUGGCCCAUCACUUUAAAAGAAGACGUGGAAAGAAAAACAACAAAGUGCCACCAUGGGAACCAAGUCAUCUAGUAUUAGAGUGUACCAAAGCAGCUGCAUCAGAAAAAGGUUCUAGUUGUUCCAGUAGUCGGCAAAACUUGACUCUUUCUCUGAGCUCUGCCAAGGAAAAAGGAUCUCAGUCUUGUAUCUAUGCAAAUGGAGGACUUUUCAGUAAAUACUCUGGUUCAGUUCAAAGCCUGGCCUCGGUUCAGAGUGCCACCUCUUGUCACAGUUGUGCUUGUGCCAAUUCUAAUUCCUGGGAUAAAGCAGAUGAAGAUGAUAUUAAGCUUGUCAAUAUUCCAGUGACCACACCUGAAAAUUUAUAUUUGAUGGGUAUGGAGCUUUUCGAAGAAGCACUGCGCCGAUGGGAGCAGGCGCUAACUUUCCGUAACAGGCAAGUUGAAGAUGAAGCAAGUUGUGGUUCCAUUAAGCUGGGAGCGGGAGACGCAAUUGCAGAAGAAAGCGUAGAAGAUAUCAUCAGUGCUGAAUUCAUUCAUAAGCUUGAAUCCCUUCUUCAAAGAGCUUAUCGUCUUCAGGAGGAGUUUGAAGCCACCCUUGGGGCCUCUGAUCCUGCUUCUCUAGCUAAUGAUAUUGAUAAAAAUACAGACAUUACUGUAAAGGAUAAUACGGAUGAUUUCUGCCUUCGAGAUACAUUAAGCAUUGCAUCAACAGACUCCUUUGUUUCCACAGCUGAGCUUACAGAGCACAGAGAGAUUCGUAAUACGUAUGGUCUAGAUUCCCUUUGCCAUUGCCCAUUGUAUGAAGAAGCUAUGCACUUAGCAGAAGAAGGCAAAAUUUAUUCACGAGUGUUAAGGACUGAAAUGUUUGAAUGUCUAGGAGACAGUGACUUCCUUGCUAAGCUUCACUGUAUUCGACAAGCUUUUCAGAUAAUUCUUUCAGAAACAGCAAACAGAAUAUUUCUUGCUGAAAGUGGAAGAAAAAUUUUGUCUGCUUUAAUUGUGAGAGCACGAAAGAAUCCAAAGAAAUUUGAAGAUGUCUUUGAUGAAAUGAUAUAUUUUUUGGAACAAACAGAUCACUGGGAUAAUACUGAAAUGGAACUUGCUGCUAGAGGAGUGAAAAACCUGAAUUUUUAUGAUGUUGUUCUGGACUUCAUAUUAAUGGAUUCAUUUGAAGAUUUAGAAAAUCCACCAAUAUCUAUACAGAAUGUAGUAAAUAACCGGUGGCUAAAUUCCUCUUUUAAAGAAACAGCUGUGGCUUCAAGCUGUUGGUCAGUACUGAAGCAGAAAAGACAGCAAAUGAAGGUGCCUGAUGGAUUUUUUGCACAUUUCUAUGCUAUAUGUGAACAUAUCAGCCCUGUUUUGGCAUGGGGCUUUUUGGGCCCUAGAAAUUCCCUUUAUGACCUAUGCUGCUUCUUCAAGGAUCAAGUGCUUUUCUUCCUCAAAGACAUUUUUGAUUUUGAAAAGGUGAGAUACUCAACUAUGGAGAGUUUGGCUGAAGAUCUUAUGCAAUUAUUAAUCCGGCACACUGAACUUUUAAUGGCCUAUCUUGGAGCAGAUUCACUAAGACAUGUCAGUGCUUGCGAAGUCAGGUGUCUAUUUAAGAGGAAAUUCAAGCAAUUGUGGCCAUCUAUGUGCAAUGCAAAACUGUGGCUCAGGAUGUGGAACCCUGAACUUUAGAUAGGAGCACAGCACAGUAAGAAGGCAUGAGGGAACUUGCAGUAAUGUUUUUUCCUGUGCUAGAGGUAAUAAAUACAGAUGAUCUAUAAUCUUUGAAUUUCUGUAAACUGAAACAAUAUUUCAUAGUUAGCUUAGGCUCUUAAACUACACUUACAUACGCUUUGCCAUACAAAGCCAGCCCACAAGAAUCUAUCCUGUGUCAAGUAAUACUGCGUAAGUAAUUACAGAAUAAUUCUAAAUAUUCAGACACUUGAGAAGCAUGUUGUUAAAAUCUAGCAUAUUGAAACAAACUUUGAUUAAAAACAUUUCAACUUUUGUUGCAAACACAACCCAAAUUGAUGAGAUUUGAAAAGGAGGACCUGUGUAAUUCCAUAGAUUUUACUGAAGCCGACAUUUUGCUCCAUUGUUGUACUUAUAUGAUAAAUACAAAAAUGAUAAAAAUGUGUCAUAGACUUGUGAAAUGCCAACUGACUAUAGUUUAUUAAAAUACUUCUAUGUGUAAUAAAACAGAAAUUCCAAAUGCUGCUGUUGGCCUGUUUCCACCAUGCAAGUUGCUGAACUUGGCACCAUGCUCCGUGCUAUACUUUUUUUUUUCUGCAAAGUAUGUCUUCAAUACCGGAAUGUGAAUUUUUUUUUCACCCAUCUCACUUAGCUUAAACAUACUUAAUCUGCUCAAAAGUAUCUGUAUCUUGCAAGUCUAUGAAUGAAAUUAUGUGGAACAGUAAGAUGUCUCCUUGGGUUCAGAAUCAAUAGGAACAGCUGGAAAUAGAAGUAACAAAGUAAAUGGCAUAUUCCACAGCAAAUGUACUACCUGGAGGUUGCAGUGUUUCAAAGGAAACUGUCUGCUGUGGUUUGUCUGGUCUAAUAAAAUGAUAUGAAGAAAAUUACACCUUAACAUUCAUCACAGAAAAACAGAAAUGCACUUUUUCACAGAAGUAAAUGUAUAUUUAAGUGAGCGAUUUUCAUAUUAUUUACAAAAAGCUCUUGAAGAAGGUGCAACAGCGUUGCACAUGAGAUUAUAAAUGUUUCCAGAUAAUUUAAAAGUUGAUCUUCUGUCAAAACGGCAAGGGUUUUUUUAAACAGAAGAAUGAGAAAGGUCUAAUGAAACACCAAAAUAUUUAGAAAAUGGAUGAGAACUUGAUAAUAUCUGGCUUAAACAAAUGUGUCCCUUUAAAACAGAAGCACUUCCAUGCACUCAUAGAGCUCUCAAAAGUCUAUAGAAUCGAAUUGGAAAUUGGACUGAUGUAUUUCCCAUCCAAAGUAAGAAUUACAGUAUCUGGUUGCUGUAAGAUACCACCAACAAAUAUUUGAUUCAGAAA